UCAUCGCUUCUGUUCUUCUGAUUCAUAUCCUGCUUUAUAACGCGAGGCAUCCUGCGCUAUUGUCUUCUAUUUUCCUCCUCUGCUGGAAUAUUCAAACCCAAAGUCACCCUGUUGUUAAUUAACGUUUUUAUUAUUGUUUCUAUUACAUAUGUCUAUAUUACAGUCUAUUAUCUUUUUCUUAGGGUGAAAACUUAAAUUCCCUGUCUGUGCGUGCAGUCAUCCAGGUGGCUGCGUACCUGUGGAGCAUUGCAACAGCGUUAUUACUAAUGGGCUGGCGUGAGAGCAGGAGGCUCCAUGAUGGCUGCUCUCUUUCCAGCACCGCAGACAGAAACUAAGUGACUCGGUUCUGUGUGGACUGUUUGCCCGCGCCGCACUGAGGGGAACCGUGGGUAAUAAAUAAUGCUUGAAAGGGCAGGGACGCUUUUACAGGCAUAUCUAAUGCCUGGGUUGCACAAUGCUACGCGUGUGACUGGGAGAACCUGAGAGCCCUCUAAUCUGAGGAUAAUUGAGGUGAUAGUAUGCAGGAGACACUUAACACACGUAGGCGCUGCUCUCCUUUAGCUUCUCCUGUUAUGGUAAACAUAUGUUGAGUCUGAGCAUUUAUUAUUUUUCAUCUUCACCUUUACAGGCCUGGCCUCAAUUCAUUCAGAGUGAGUCACUGUGCAGGAAUAGUCCAACAUGUGGUUAUAAUUUGAAGGGAAACUCUUCAGUUGUGCCAGAUUUAUUUUUUUGGUGCAUGUGAGCCUCUAAUUGUGGACUUCAUCCUGUCACGUUCAACGUACGCGCAGAGCUUUGUGGGUUUUAUAAGUCUGUUUAUGCUUUAUAUAACGCACCAGGUGCUUGUGACGCUGUACUAAGUCAUGUAUAAACAGAACGCUGUGUUUUGCUGUUUUCCGCUUUUCCAUCGAGACGCCCGCGGACGUCGGGGCAGUAGGAACAGGUGACGCGGCCUUCAGUGGACAGUGUUUCUCACCUGGGUUUUGCAUGCACCUGACCUUGAGCUGCUUCUCGCGUGGGACCCGACAGCGCCGAGGCGUCUGUGUUUGACUACGUUAAUCUGAGAAAAGCAGCAGAGCCGAGCCGCCGGGAGACGACCGGCUCGUCCCUCCGAACCUGUUUUCAAGUAUUCUUCUCUCCCGUCUUUGAGUGAGAGCGGACCGGGCAGGUAUGCCGGAUCAAUCGCGGUGUUUGUUUAGCGAGGUGUGUUCGUGAUGCGUGGACGCGUGAGCGAGAGUGGCGAAGAGAAAGCAGAAAGAGUGAAAAUGCCUUUCGGAGUUUGUGUCUCCUCGGGCUUAUUUCUCCACUCACAUGUUGAGACAGAUAGAAAUGUUCCCUCCCUCAGCUCUUUCCUCACUUAUUCGAACCCCAUGCUCGUGUCAGUGUCGGAGCAGGAAUGCUGAGAAUGAGCCGUGUACACACUGGGCACUUUUGGGGGGUUUAUCAGCCUGGAGUCGUGCCUGCCCGUCCUGGUUGCGGUGCACGUGUGUGGCCAGUCGAGAGUUUUAUAACUAAACAGAGGAACGAGAGAAGAAAACAAGACGAGUCACCAUCGCCAUGUGUCACUGGCCACAGUUACCAUAACAACAAACUAAGAAGUAAUAUUUGUUUAGGCAUCCGAUCAGUCGACCUGGGUGAGGUGUAGGAGGUCUGCCAUGAGUCUUGCAUUGUAUUAUUGCUUAAUUCUCUUCCUGUGCCCUGUUGCUGAGUCACCCAUUUAGCUCAGAUUCACUUUAGGGUCAGUUUGUUCUAACUAUUUUGCAAUUCGUGUCUGCACCUGUGCUUGGCUGCUCAACACAGUGGAUGAGUUUUUUAGAUUUUCCGCGCUGUGACGAGCUCAGGCAGGCGCGCGCCUCUCGCUCGAGUCCUGGGGUGUGCGUUUUACUGCUGCCUCAGCACAUUUCGUCUGCAUUGACCAAGCCUUGAGCUUCCAUGCUGCUUUAAACUGAAGGAGCAGGAAAAACUGAUCUAAGUACUUCUGAGUCUCCUUCAAGUGAGUUCAUUUUUUCCAUUUGCCUUCCUGCAGAACUGUAGAAGCGAGGAAGGCCGGCAGAACUUCACAAUGGCCUAAAUUCUAUAGGCAGAAAGGCGCAAGGAAACAGGAUGUCAGCCAUUUUCCCACCAGAUGAAUCACCACAGAGCAGCCGCUGGAAGUGAUCCUCAGGCAAGGCUAGUAGCUAGGCCACGUAGUGACUCAUCGUGCCUCUGCGUAAACUAGCUUCUCCGUCACAUUGAAGGUUAGGAGCUAAGCCUUUCGCUUAACAACUAUUAACUCGGUUUAGUGGUUGGUAGGUCAGGACUCCACCAUUAGGUGGCCCAGUCAAGACCACAUUAUAUAUGAAUGAGGAAGUGUCCUGUGGGCGUAGUUGAUGAAGCAGAGCACAUACUGUAGCUGUGUUGUGGUUUGGAUUUGAGCCUGAGACCUUUUGCCUCUUUAACAAAUGCCAAAGAAAAUGUGGCAAAAACUGGCAGUGCUGUAGUCUUUAGCAAGGCGAUAAGGCAAAAGCGGUCAGACAGGCCAAGUGUCAUAAAAUAAGAGAAGGCCAAACAUGCGAGAAACUAGAAAGGUCAGCUGCUCGGCCUUUCACAGAAAAGCUUGGUUGGAAAGAAGAGGGCAUUAAAAGGCACAAACAUGGAUGUGGUGUCUAAUGUCAAAAACAUCUGGGCUCGAUAGGGAAAUGCUUAACUCCCUGCACCAAUUCAAUGCUUGUUAUUACCAGUAUGACUCUCAGUUCUAAAAUAUCCACCGACAUGCUCAGUGUGUUCUCUGGAAUCAGCCCAGUGGUUUUACUGGCACAGUCUUUUUGGGAUGAAGCACUGGGUACUUAAAGCGUGACGCACCAGCACAACGAGUUUCCAGAGCCGAGAUGUGAGAGAACCUGUCCAUACACCUCUUCAUACCUUUACCACCUUGCCUGCACCACCCUUUUUUCUCUCGCUGGGUUUUCUCCUGCCCCUUCUUUCAUUCUGUCCUCUGUACCCUGCUCUUUUCUUGUUUUUCUUGUCAUUUGAUGAAAUUAUAAUUUUGCACUGCAUUACAUAACACAAGGAUAGUGAACUCUUAACUGCUGAUGUCGACUGGAGUGUCACCCUGCUGCACCGAGGGUGAGAAAAGAUUUGAAUUCCUCCUAAGCUGUGACGUCAGACCUCUAUCCUACCAUGGCACACCGGUCUCAGAGCUCAUCUGUAGGUGACAACCCCCUUGACCCAAACUACCUGCGCCCACACUACAGGGAGGAGUACCGUCUGGCUAUUGAUGCGCUAAUAGAGAAUGACGUACAGGGCUACCACGAAUUCCUCCAGACUGCGGACGUGGUCAACUUUCUCGCAAGGCCGGAAAUUGAUUUUAUAAAGUCAAGGAUCCAGGCGCCCACCCAGGGCUCGGGCGUCCCAGAGCUGACGUACCAUGCGGGAGGCCUCGACGCUGACGGGUCCUCUGACACCUACUGGCCUCUGCAGUCCGACAUGGCGGCGCCGGGGCUGGACCUGGGAUGGCCGCUGCCGCAGCACAGCUUCAUCGGCCCCACGGAGGUCACCACUCUGGUCAACCCCUGCGACCCAGACAUGCCAAGCAUCAAGGAGCAGGUCAGAAGACUCAUCAAAAACGCACAUCAAGUUAUUGCCAUAGUGAUGGACAUAUUCACAGAUGUUGAUAUUUUUGGCGAACUCUUGGAAGCUGCAGCUCGCCACGUUCCUGUUUACAUCCUACUGGAUGAGCAGGAAGCACACAACUUUGUCUCUAUGGUCAUCAACCACAAAGUUAACUUGGACUUAAUUCCUAUGAUGCGUGUCAGGACUGUGACAGGAAUAACCUACUAUUCCCGAACAGGAAAAUCAUUCAAAGGGCAAUUAAAAGAUCGUUUUCUGUUGGUUGACUGCAAGGCUGUACUUAGUGGGAGCUACAGUUUCAUGUGGUCCUACGAGAAGAUCCACCGCUGCAUCGCCCACCUCUUCCUCGGGGAGCUGGUCGCCACCUUUGAUGAGGAGUUUCGCAUUCUUUUUGCCCAGUCAGAGCCUCUGGUCAUUGACCCAUCGAAUGGAGCACUUGCUGUCUCUGACACUAGCAGUUACUUAGGCAGCCAGUUUGGCUUGAAGAGGUCUCAGUCUUUGCGUAACCCCAUAGCCUUCCGCCGACAACCUGAAAUUCCCUCUGCUUUUCCUUACGGGGACUCCGCACUUCCUUUCCGGAGGAAUGAUCAGUUUCGCCAGAGCCUUGAACCAACGGCAGGAAUAACAAUCGGGAAGUAUUCCCAGCAACAGUUUCGUCUGCAGCAGUCCUACAUGGAGCAGGGAAGGUCUAUAGUUUCCAGGCAGAUGGAGCUCAGUGCCUUCAAGAGACACAGCUAUGCUGAGGGAACCCAGGAAAACUACACGUCUUCAAGGCAGUACAUGAAGCACAGAGUCAUGAAUAAUCUUGACGAGACAGAUUUCUACAGGGAGCAGAUGCAAAGCAGCCAUUACAUUGGUGAUGAGCCUGGCCCGGGUUCUGGCCAAGGACACUACGACAGACUUCGAGGCCGCCCCCCACAACUCUCCAUUGACCAGUACUCAGACUCAAGCUUCCGCUCAGAUCUGGAGCCCCCUCCUGUAAACUAUGGUCAAGACUUAUUUUCAUCGGAGGACCUAAGAGGACAUGAAGGGCCUCAUGCACAUCCAAUAGCUGGAAGAUAUGGAGGAGGUUCCUCCCAUAAAAGGCCAACCAUAGGCCAGGCAUAUGCCUGUCAGAGCUCACCCACGCAGCCCCAUCCACCCGAGAAGAAACCAUUCCUCAAACAACCUGAUCAGGAGCACGAUCAAGAUGCAAGCGUUAAGCAAGGCCUGAGGAGCUGGAGAAUUAACUCCUAUCUUAGUGCUUAUGAGGAUGGUGGUGGAGAAGAAGGUCUGACUCAGCCAUUGGGGCCUGAUGCGUUUGAAGAUCCUCCACAAACCCAGCGCCUGACUGGUGUUGAAGCUCUAGCUGCUCGUUUUGAAACAAAGCCACUAAAUGAUGACAUGAAGCCUAGACUAGAAAUCCUAAGGCCACGGUAUGGAAAACCAAGAACACUUGAAAGCAGCAAAAUAGACUCAGUCAUUGACUUGAAGCCAGAUGAAAAACUGAGGGAGGCUGAUAGAGAAAGGGAGGGCGAAUCAGGGAGGGGCAUCGGAAGGGAGUUGGGUAUGGAUGUUACGGUAAAAGAAGGUCCAGAGCUCCUUCUAUCGAAACAUGAAUCGUUUCGCUCACGUAUUAACCCAAUGCUCCAACGCAGUUCUCGUUUACGCUCCUCACUUAUAUUCUCCUCAUCCAAGACAGAGAUGCACAGCGGGAGCCUGGGCCUGAAGCCAGCCACAGAGGAAGACGAAAGGUUGGACACAGCACGCACGUCCUCAAUAGUGGCUCAGAUCCUAGAAAAGAGGAGGUCAUGGUCUCGUGAACCUUUCGAUUGGAGAAAGAAAGCAGAGGAAAGAGACCAAGAGAAAGAAAAGGAAAAAGAGAAAGCGAAAGAAGAAUCAGAAAGGGUGGAAGAGAAAAGGCAAGAAGAAAAGGAGGCACAAUUCAAAGAGGAAAUUAGAGUAAAAGACAAAUCUCAGACAACUAAAGAAGAGGUAACAACAACAAAAAUAACGCCUGAGGUUACAUCAUCAUCAUCUCUGAAUAUCUCUGAUCCAGCAAGUCGACCGCAAUAUUACAAAGACCAUACUACAAAGAGAACUUUUACCAAAAUGGACACAGAGUCAUCAGUAAAGGUUCCAGAGCCUGCAGAAAAGAAGCCAGACAUUUCUGACAAACCUCCUCUCCAAACAACUCCAAACAUCCCAGCGAUCUCUGUGAACACAACAGAACCCGAACCAAAGCGGCCCGACGUGUCUGCAAAGCUGGCAGAGCUCAAUCGAAGAUCUUCAAUUGGUUCCUCAAAGCCACCAAUAACCUCUGCCAAGCCUGCUGCGAGUUACUUGAAGCCUUCAGAGACAUCGCAGCCUCAUAAAGAGGAGAACACAUCAGAGGGACAAAAGAAGGAAAUAUUUAAGUCCCUGAAGCCUCUUCCUUCUCCGAAGCUCUUUAAGAGGGAUCAGUUGAAGCUCAAAGGGCUGAACCCUCGUCGCAUCUCCUGUGGCGAUGAGGUUCUGACUACAGAUGCUACAGAUGCAGAGAAGAGUGAGCUGAAAAAGAUCCGCUCUCACAGUUCUUCAACUCUGCCACGCGAUGACAAGGAAGGACUCCAUAAAGUUAUGGGAUCGAAUACAUCCAUUAACACACUUGGUGAGGGGAAGGGUGAGGGCAAAGGUGAUGGUAAGACACUUGAUUUCUUAAAGAAGCAGACCCAAAGGCUGAAGGGAUUCCUUGGGCCCAAGGAUAAAGAGAAGAAAACAUCUGUAGAUGACAAAGCCAUGAGCCCAGUCAUAGAGACCACUGAAGAUUCCAGCAAAAUGCAGAAUUCAUCAACUAAAGAUUCAGGAGCCGCCCACAGUGAUCAAACUGCUGCCAAUCACAAGGCAACGACUGGGACAUCAGGCAUCUCUCGAUAUCAGGCCUCAGGUAGUUCUGUUCUAUUUAGUAGCAACCUACGAGAUGACACCAAAGUAAUUCUGGAGCAAAUCUCAGCCAACAGCCAGAAAAACCGUCAGGAGCGUGAGGAAACAGGAGGGGAGAAAAACAAUGAGGCCGGGGAGAAGGGACAGGAGAUACAGAGCUCCCUGAAAAAGAACCGCUUCCUGCGGCCGCAGAGCAGCAGCCAGGAACGAGAGGGACUGUUGAAACGGAUCGAAAGCCUGAGAAAAGAGAAGAAGGUCUACAGCCGCUUUGAGAUGGGCAAUAGCCUGGGAUAACGAGAGAUGGACGGACGACCGAAUACAUGGGAACUAUUUAUACAACACGAUCAAAAGAAGCUUUGCCCACACGUGCCAACAUCACUAUCAAUGUACCUCUGUGGCUCAACGCUGCAACCUUUUCCAGGAUUUUCACCCAGUAUCAAAACUUGAAAAGACAACCAUGCUGAAAACAAACAAAUGUUAUUAGGUUUGAAUGUGCCUGUUCACCAACACCUGGUCCUACUACCUUAAAAAGCAGUGACUCUACUCACACUGGCUGCACCAACUAAUAAAGUAUCUCACUAACCAGAAAACAUACAGUAUCUAUGCUGCAGCUUUGAUGAAUGUGACUGACUUGGUAUCACUAUAAGUGCAUGUUGCACCUGAGGGUAGGAAAGACGGUGAAGUGAAAUUAUGCAGUAUAUGACUGCUAGUGCAUAGUGGUGUGUGCUUCCGCUAGUGUGUAUGCGUUGGGUUGUCUGAAACUGAAUGGGAGGAAGUGUCUUGUUGCAUCAAUAGCACUGACAGUGGCCUACAAGGACUAAUACCAAAGCUAGAGAGACUAUUAUUAUUCCAGACAGAAGGCAAAUACGAGGAAAUGAAGAUGAAUCAAAGAAUAGUUGAUCAAUAGAAAUGUAAGGAGAAAUGAAUGAGUGAGCAAUAAGUAGGGAAUAGGACGAAUGAGAAAGUAGGAGAGGAGCAUUUUCUAGAGUUUAGCUUUGAGGCAUGUUGGGACUGCAGCAGUGUUUUAACAGUAAGGCUUCUAUUAAGGUUACUAUUAGAGAGGUCCCCACUUCUCAGGGUUAAAGAUGUCAAUUAACCAUUCAGAGACACGGUCGAACAGCUUGCAUGGUCAGAGGAAUACUGUGCACACUGUGUGUGUACUACUCUUCGUCUUAUGUAAUUUAUGGACGUGUAAAAUAUUUACAUUCGGUUUGAUGACUCACUGUAAAAGUGUUUCUUUUUCCCUGCCGGAGAAGUUGGACUACAUUUUGCUGUCCUGGAGCAGGCCGUGCCUUCUUACAUAAGGCACUUCACUUCUGAGAACCACACCCUUCACACGACUUUAAACUGCUUGGUUGGGCCCUGAACACCGUUAAACCAAAGAUUUAGAUACACGGUGCCUUUCCCAGGCUGCUUAAUAGCUUGGCUGGACAUUUGUUUCAUUUUUAAUAUUUUUACUGUGUUUUGUUGUUAAAUACAUCAAAUAAACAUAGUACAUAUUUUGUAUACACUGUUCAGGGUAACAGUCCUUUUUCUACAUGGAUUGUAUGUGCAUAUCUGUAAAAAAGUGAUUAUUAUGAUCCUCACUGUGCUAUUGAAGUGCCUUGUGCUAAUUUGGAAUAUGUAAAUACUGUAAGGUGUAAAAAAUAAUUGUCAUUAAUUAGAGGGGAAUUAGAGGUCAUUGUGUCUUUGUUCUAAAACCUCAGUAUUACAUGUUAGAAAUACUGCAACAACAAAGUUGUUGUGACUGUGCUCACACACUGUGUAGUAGGUGUUUUCACUGUAGUGAAUGGGUAAUAAAGCUCCUCUAAAAACAA